AUGUUCAAUGGCUUACGAUAUAUCACUCUACCAGGGGACAUCGAGUUCAUCGUGCAUGGCCAUGUUGCAUUAUGGGUCGGGAACGCUGAUAUCAUCCGACGGAUUUCGGUGGAGCCCGGCCACUUUGGCGAGGUCGACUACUAUUGUGACCUGCAGUACGAUGAUGUCGUGCCUUUGGGGAAACAGUUAAUAGUGGCAACCGAUGGACAACUGCAGGUGAUCGGGGUCGGCUCUAAGGUGGUCCUCACUGUGCCCUUCCCUUUCGACUAUGAUGAGGGUGAAGUCACCCGUCUUUUCCUCGACAUGGCCUCAUCGGUGCUCUAUGUCCUGCAUGGACGGUGGCUCGCGGGUUAUACAGUGGAAAGGUUCAAACAGCUAAGGGAAUCUUAUACUAUAUGCCUGCCUUUGCAUGACAUCGAUGGUCUGAUGUUUCGAGCAUCCAUCGGCCAUUGGGCCAUCCUUCACGACUCACAGCGAAGGAUACUGGUGUAUACCUCACGCACUGGUGAGGCUGUUCUUGACGAGACCCUGCCUCUAGAGGACGAGUAUAUCGUCUAUGCAGACGCCUGGCCACCUUGGCUCGUUGUAUUGACGCCUAGGAAGCUCUAUCGUGUGAAUGUCGUCGAGGGUGGUCCAUGCGAUAGGAGGAUGUGGGAGGCCUUUCCCAUCUCGGGUACAGGCAUAGCCGGGAUCGAGUUCCGUCGGUGCGCUCUCGAGGUGAAGAUCGACCCCAAAGAUCCUGAGCAGUUCUUGAUGCUGUCGUCUCCCUAUUUUGAUGGGGAGACGGCUCUGGUACUGUGUCGGAGGUCUGCCCAAUCCACUCUGGAUUACGUCGCGUCGUACACUCUCGAGCCGGGCUACUUCUGCGACCGGGUUGAGUACCGUCAUGAUGGGUCAACAGUCGAAGUAUGUGUAGGCAAGCAAGGAAUGGAUGCUAAAAUUGCCGGGGUUUACAGCCGAAUCGUCUGGCUUAACCGGAUUGACCUUUCUGUCAUCCACGUGUUUGAUAAUGCUGUGGGCGAAUGGCGUACCGAUGUUAGAGACUGUGCAGCAUCCCUCAUGAUUGGUGAUGAUGAUAAUGAUGAUAGUGUUACGAUGAAGUAUUGGGACUUGAUGAAGCCCGUCUGA